UUUUUAAGUAGGCCUAAACUAAAACUAAGUCAAAAAGUUAACUGUCUUUGGAAGGACAAGAAAGCAAUAUGAAUGAUUUUUUAAGAAAAGCCAAACAAGCAUCGCAAAAUCUAUCAUCAUUCAGCAAGGUCCAUGUUGUCAUUGGAAAUGAAGCCUGUGAUUUGGACUCCACUGUCUCGGCAAUAACUCAUGCAUACCAUCUGUCACAGGAUUCUGACUCUGAUGUAGAAGCCAUCAUACCUGUGCUCAACAUCCCCCAAGAUGAGGUACCAUUGAGAACAGAAACCACUCACCUCCUACCACGAUGUAACAUCCAACUCACAGACCUGGUCUGCAAGGAUGACAUCGAUCUCAAAUCCAUCCUAAACUUAACAUUAACUCUCGUCGAUCACAAUGUACCUGCAGAUAGUGACACCUGGUUAGACCAGUAUGUUGUGGAGGUGAUUGAUCAUCGUGUAAACAGUCGCCAUGACGAUGAGGAUAGAGUAAUCAGCAUCACCAGGGAGAUGGUCGGGUCAUGUUGUACAUUGGUAGCCAGACAGAUCUUGGAUAAACAUCUGGAAAUUUUGGAUCACCAACUAGUCAAAUUGCUACUCGGAACCAUAUUGCUGGACACCCUAAACCUGUCUGAAGCAGCAGGAAGGACCACACCUACAGAUGAAGAUGUUGUCACAAGACUGGGAAACCUUAGCCCAAGGAUCAACCUACAGGAGCUCUUUAAUGAAGUACAAGCAGCCAAGUUCAAUAUAUCAGGUCUGACCACUGCACAGAUGCUGAGGAAAGAUUUCAAGUCUACAUCGAGUACAUCAUGCAAAGUAGGAUUCAGCUCAGUCACGUUACCACUUCAAGACGUCUUGGACAGGCAGGACUUGGAAACCAGUCUGAAGAACUUUUGUGAGCAUAGAUUUCUGGAUGUGAACAUUAUCAUGACAAUUGACCUUGAAGGCACCAGACAACUAGCAAUCUACUCGGAGGAUCAAAGCCUUAGGGAGACGAUGGAAGAAAGACUGCAAGGGUCUGUGUUAGAUCUUGAGAGAAUAGACUCCAAUGUUUCAAAUUUAAGUGCCUUUGAUCAACAGAACAGGAAAGCAUCAAGAAAAGUUGUAUUACCCCUCGUAGGAGAAAUUCUAAGAACGCUUGGUGAAGGUGAUCAUGAUGAAGAUGACGAGCAUGGGGAAAAUGGACUUGAAGAGAACGUGGAGGAACUGUCGAGCAAUGUGAAUAAUGCAAAUGAUAUGGCUGAAGAAGAACCACAGAAUGGCAAGGUAAUGCCUGAUGAAUGGGGAAGAAGUAACCCAGAAAGUCUGCAUGAGAUUGAUAGUGGGAAUGAUAAGAUAGAAUCAAGUGAUCAGGUUUCUGACUUGGUGGGAAUAGAUUUAGGAGCUGGAUCAAGUUCAGCUAAUCCUUUUGUGGGAUCAGAUAGUACUGAUUUACUGGGAGGGAAUCCAUUUAAUGUAAUGACAGGAAGCGUAGAUGAGGGUGGGGAUGAUUCUUUAGACCCAUUAUUCCAGUCGAUGAACAAAGUACAUGACCCUACACAGAGCAUUGAUGAUAACAACGAUCCAUUUGGCUUAUCUCUAGAUCCAUUUUCAGCUGAAAGUACUCCUAGACCAGACUCAAACUUAAAUUCUUCCAAUCCACAGAGCAUUGAUGAUAAUAACGAUCCAUUUGGCUUAUCUCUAGAUCCAUUUUCAGCUGGAAGUAGUCCUGGACCAGACUCGAACCUAAAUUCUUCCAAUCCUUUUCAGAUGAAUUCUGAUCCCUUUUCAAAUAAUGACAAUCUAUUGAUUCCAACAUCAGAUCCAAAUUCUACCACAGGCAACCCUUUUAUGGAUGAUCCAGAACCUUCUCCAAGCCUUCUGGAUCUAGAUCCUAUCACUCCAGACAACCCUGAGCCAGCAGACUCUACUGUUAGCCCAUCUGCCCAAUCCACAGGGGUCCUGCUGGGUUCAUUCCUGGACCCCAUUUCAAUUUCAAGUGACCUUCCUUCUUUUGUAGACAAUCCGGAUCCAACCAGAGGAGAUUCUUCCUCCUCACAAUUUGAAUCCCAGGCAAGUGUAGAUGAUCUAAUGUCUGAUUCCCUAAAUGACCAAUAUGAUCUGUCCAUGACAAAAUCUGACCCCUCCAUUAGCUUUAGUGAUUCUUUAGCACAAGUACCUGAUGGAGCAUCAACUGCAGAUGAAAAUUCAAUUUCAAUUUCAGAUCCUUGUCUGACCAUUACUGAAUCCAAAGACAUCCAUGAGGAACAACCUGAGGUUGUAGGCAUUAAAUCACCAGUUGAUGAUUCUGACCCAUUCUCUCUGUCUCAAACGAUUGCACAAAAAUCAAGUGAUCAAUUUCAUACAGAUGACCCUUUUGGUAUGUACCCAUUCGAUGUCCAAGCACCAUCUGCCAAUGAUGAUCAAAUUAAAGUUGAAGGUGAAGCUAUGGAAAGUUCUGGAGGUUUUGAUGAUGACUUUGGUAUGGUUAGUAUGAAUGAAUCAUCAGCUGUUGAUUCUUCUGGUACUAUGGGCAGUACUCCUGCCGAAGACCACCAUGUGAGUGAGUCAAGUGCACUAGAAAGUGCUCAGAGGCAAACUUCACCCAGAGAGGUAGAAGUUAAUGAUGAGAAUGACUUACCUGGUGAAGAGCCUGUCACUGAAGAUGCAGUAGAUUCUCCAGACCAUAUCUCUGUGGAAGGUCUUACUGACGAAGGUAAGGUUGAUUCUGAAGUUGUUCAUGGUAUGUCAUUGUCUGCUAAUGGUGAUCAAAUUGAAGUUGAAGGUGAAGCUAUGGAAAAUUCUGGAGGUUUUGAUGAUGACUUUGGUAUGGUUAGUAUGAAUGAAUCAUCAGCUGUUGAUUCUUCUGGUACUAUGGGCAGUACUCCUGCCGAAGACCACCAUGUGAGUGAGUCAAGUGCACUAGAAAGUGCUCAGAGGCAAACUUCACCCAGAGAGGUAGAAGUUAAUGAUGAGAAUGACUUACCUGGUGAAGAGUCUGUCACUGAAGAUGCAUUAGAUAUUGAACUUCAGUCCAAUUCUUCAGACCAUAUCUCUGUGGAAGGUCUUACCGUUGAAGGUAAGCUUGAUUCUGAAGAUGUUAAUGGUAUGUCAUUGUCUGCCAAUGAUGAUGAAAUGGAAGUUGAAGGUGAAGCUAUGGAAACUUCUGAAGGUUUUGAUGAUGACUUUGGUAUGGUUAGUAUGAGUGAAUUAUCAGCUGUUGAUCCUUCUGGUAAUAUUGGCAGUACUCCUGCAGAAGACCACUACGUGGGUGAGUCAAGUGCACUAGAAAGUGCUCAGAGGCAAACUUCACCUGGAGAGGUAAAAUUUAAUGACGAGAGUGUCUUACCUGGUGAAGAGCCUGUCACUGAAGAUGCAGUUGACAUUGAACUUCAGUCCGAUUCUGCAGACCAUAUCUCUGUGGAAGAUCUUACUGUCGAAGGUGAGGUUGAUUCUGAAGAUGUCCAUGGUACGUCAUUGUCUGUUGGAGAGUCCAUUUUACAAGAAUUCAAUGCAGGCAGUGAUGCAAAUGUAGAGAAUUUAGACCCAAACAAAGUGGAUCCAUUUGGUGUUGGUUCCCAUGAUAACUCACCAGAUAAUCAAAGUGAUCUAGAUCCAUUUGGUAUGCCGGAGUUCAUUGGACAGACUAGUGUGGUGAAUGAAGAACAGCUCCAUGAUCCCUUCAGUGCUUUGAAUGAUUCCCAGGAUCCUGCACUGAAUAAAACUGAGAAUCAGACUGAUGUUGAUCCAUUCGGGAUGAGCCCUUUUGAAGAAGUUCAGAGUCCACCACCAUUUGAUGUUCUUUUGCAUCACGAUGAUGAUAUUGUACCCAUAUCAGAGAAGGAUGAAAUCCAUUUGGGUGAACAAGUAGAUACUGAAUCUGUCCCUGCUGAAUUGCAUGGUGUCUCUGGGGAGGAGGAAGAGGAUGGUGUAUCCAUCCCAAAGACCCCAAGAAAUUCUCUCAGUGAAUCAAGUGUGGCUGAAGAAGAAGAUGAUAGGAGAUUCAGCCAAGAACUGAAUGAGAGAGAGUUGUCAGCAAGAUUUUCUCAUCUGGAGGAUAGACAGUCUGAUGCUGAGGUAAACUAUGAGGAUGAUUUUGAAGAAGAUGAUGUUUUCCCUACUGAAGAUCAAGAACCUGAACAAAUGGAUGUAAUCAGUGGUAAUGAAGAAGAUUUCCCAGAUGAUCAAAGUGUUGCAAAUCAGUUAGGUGAAGAUAGUGGCGUUGAAGAAAGAGAGAUUGUAACAGAAGAAUUGGUCAAAGGUCAUGAAGUAUCAAAUGUGUUUGCUUCUCCUUCUGAAAUCGAUGAUAUAACCAGUAGGGAUGCAGUAGUGACAGGUGAUGAAGAAGUGCCUGUUGUAGAGGAAUCUGAGGAGGCACACCUUCCUCAUGACGACACAGAUGAUUUGAGAUCAGAAGACAGUGAUGAAACAAGGGGACAGGAUGUUGAUAUUCAAUUGUUUAACAUACAAGAUAAUAACUACAUUGUUGAUACUCUCAAGAGCAAUAUGGUUGAUAAUGCAGUUGACAUUAAUACAAUCAAUUCUGGUGAUAGGAUAUAUUCUGAUGAUGAGGAUGAUGUUCAACAUUCUCCAAGACCUGUUUACAGGCCUGAAGUUAUGGAACCAAACCCUGACCCUCUUGUCUACAUCCAAGCAAAAGAAACAGAAGGUCUGUUUGAGAAGAUGAAAGGUGAGCCAAAUCAUGUUGAUGAGAUGAUCUUUGAAGCAGAGCAUGGUGAACCAGUAUCUAGUUAUGAAAUAGAUACUCCACCUUUCCACAGUGACAAGAAAGCAGAUGAUUCUAUGAACAUCGUGGACACAGCAGUCACUUCAUAUCAUGAGGUUGAUGAUGAUGAUGACAUUGUCAUUGAAGAAAUGUGUUCCCCUGUAGUGACUGCUGAUCUGGAGGCUUCACCUGUUCAGAGUGAUAAUGCACAUAGCCUACAUCCUGGAAAUGAUGAGACUGACCUGGAUGAUAGCAAAGAAGAUGUUAAUCAUGUGGCUGAUAUGCUUGCCAAGAGUAUGGUGGAAAAUGCAAUAGACAUCCACACAUACCAAUCCAGAGAUGAAGUGGUGGAUGAGAGAGAAGACAUUGGUAUGUACAAUCGUACAACGUCUGAUUACAGGCAGGAUAUCAUGGAACCAAAUCCUGAUCCAUCUGUCUAUAUCCAGGCGCAAGAAACUGAACACAUGUUUGCCAGUGGUAGAGGGAAUGAAGGUAACCAUAUUGCUGAAAUGCUUGCUGAUGAUAUGUGUAAUGAAGCAAGAGGAAAAGCCUCUGCAGAUGGUUCUGUUUUAGAUUCCUCGGAUGGUAUGAGUAACAAUGAAAUACCAGACGUUGGGACAAGUGAUCUUCUAGAUAUAUCCUUAAAUCCCCAGAAUGAAAGUGAUGGGAAUAAUCUUGCCAAAAAUGAAGAAGAAAGGAAUAACGUUGCUGAUAUGAUCACUGAUGAAAUGGUUGAAGAAGUAAAUGCAGAUAUUCUUGCCUACAAUGCUGAUGUUGGUUCAAGUGUUCUUGUGAACUAUGAUGUUGAUGAAAUGCCAGAUGUUGUUCCAAAUGAAGAACAAAUGGUUGAUCUUGAUGGUGUGAAAGGUGAUGGAGAUAUUAGCUCUGACACUCAUGCCAAUAACAAGCUCUUUGGAGAUGAGAUUUCUCCUGUUCUCAGUACUGAAGUUCAAGCUCUAGUUCCUGAUGAGCUUAAUCUGUUAGACUCCCAACAUGUUGAAAGAACAGAAGAUGAUCAAGUGUUGGGAGAGAAAGGUAAUGUUGUUGCAGACAUAUUAUCUGAAGACAUGAUACUUGAACAUAGGGAUGAUCAGGCAAAUAUUCCAGAAGAGGUUGCCAUUUCAUUAAGAGAGGAUGAAUUCUCUAUAGAGGAAGCAAAUGAUAGGGAUGUCAUUGAAGACGAAGAGAGUGGGUUCAAAGAAGAGGAUGAUGAUGAUGAUAAUGUUGUAGCUGAAAUGCUUGCUGACGAUAUAACCUUUGAAGAAGGUGAGAGUAUGAUGAGUACACCUGAUCUCCUGUUUUCUGCAAAGACUGAUUUGAAAGAUGAUUUCUUUCAGAACAUAAGCAAUGCAGAACAUUCCUCUCCACAAGGCAGUGAUGAUGAGGACAAUGCCAUUGUUGCCAAGGAUACUUUUGAGGAUCAGCCAUUCUCAGAAAGUGAUGAAGAGGAAUCUAGAGAUCAGAUCCAAGCUGAUGAAGAUGGGUUUAUAGAUAUUGAGAAUGAUUGGUCUCCAAAUGACAUCAAGGUUGAACUGUCCACUGAGCAAUAUACUGUCAAUGACACUUUGACAAUGAACAAGCUAUGUGCAACAACAGGAACACCUUUGUCACCUCUACCAGAGGAGUCAGAGACAUCUCAAGAAAUACUCAGAAAUGUUUCAGUCACAAGUAUUGAGGAUGUAUGCAUAGAUUCAACAGUACAGCUGGAAAGAGAGAAUGAAAAGGUCUCCCAUAGCCAUGAAAGCUAUAGUGAAGAUGAGGACUGGGAAGAAGACAUCCAAGAUCAUGAUGAGAUAGUUGAUCUUACCCCUGAUGUACUUUCUGUUGGUCCUGAGGCUAUUGACAUUCUUGGUAGUAGUGCUUCUGGUGUUACCGUUUUGGUUUCAAAUGAGACAGAGAAUGGGUCUGAUGCAGGUCAUGGUGAUGAUGUCAUGGAUAGCGUAGAUAAGGUUGAAGAAGAAAUUGCCCCUAGUGCUACAAAUAAAACAUAUGAUAUUCUUGGUGAUGACAUUGAUGAAGAAAUUGAGGAAGAAAUAGAUCCCACAUCAGAUGAAGAAAAUAAGGCUAAUGAAGUUGCCCAAAUUGUAGAUCAGUCUGAAGAAAGCUCCUUAAAACCCCAAGGCAAUGAAGAGGUUCAAGUUGAUCACAAAACCCCUGUAGGAAAGUAUUCUGGGGAUUCAGAGGCAGUCCCAGAUGUGCAAUAUGAAGAAAAUGAUCUCUGGAAUGAAAGGAGGGAUGAUACAGGGGUUACUGACGAUAUUGGUGUCCAAAAUUUCCAGAAAACAGAAGCUGGGGUUAACAUGUUUGAUCUUGAUAAUAGGGAAGAAGGAUCAGAGUAUCCAGAGUCUGGAGCUGAACAGGGCAAUGUUGUUGUAGAUAUGAUCUCAGAGGAGAUUGUACAUGAAAAGAGAGGGUAUGUUGGUGGGUUGAUGGGUGAUUUAGAGGAAGAUUCAGGGGAUGAAGAAACGAGGGAUAAAGGAGAUGAAGCUGUUGAGGAUUAUCCUCAGCAGCAGACUUAUCUGGAUGAAGAUAGAGACCUUGAGGGGGAGGGAUCAAACGAGUUGCAUGACCAUGAGAGAGAGCAUGAAGUUGAGAAUGAUCAUCUUGAAUCCAUGGGUAAUGAUGAAGAUGGGUCGGACAGGGACAGUGAUAAACAUUCUUGGGAUGGGGGUUACGAUAAUGAGGGACAGAGUAAAUUCAUUGAAAAAGAUGGGGAAUUGUUUGAUGAAACAUCGCAUGCCAGCAUGGUUUCUGAAAGCUUUGCUGAAGAAAUGCCUAAUGCAGAUAACACUCCAGCUAUUGCCACAAGCAUGCACACAACUGUUCAUGACGUAGAGUUAGACCACUCUCAAGCUCAGGAAUCCACCUUCCCAGAUGCCAAUUCGAAUGCCAAUGAAUCGCCUUCAAAUGUACUCAUUCUUGGAAUGGACAAGAGUAGAUUGGAAGGAGAUGUUGAGGAACGUACAGAAAAUGUUGAUAUUGACAUUGUAGAGGAAGAAAUGGUAGUUGCUGCUGUCAGUGCUCCUGUACACAGCAAGUUGAACACAGACUUCUAUGAAAAAGAAGAAGAAAUCACCUCAGGAAAUGAAGAGGGGAAUGAAUCCGUUCAUGAUGGAGAUGCCAAAAUAUUCUCCUAUCCUACCAAGUGGAAUGAUGAGGACCAUGAAGCAUCAGACAAUACUUUUCCGGAUUUGAUGGUCAAAGAGGUUAUCAAUGAUGACUCGGGUGAAGAAGAUGUAUCUGAAAAGUAUGAGUCAGAGAAAGAGACAAACCUGGAGGAGGCAAAUAUUGUAAACAGCACGUUGAACACAGACUUCUAUGAAAAAGAAGAAGAAAUCACCUCAGAAAAUGAAGAGGAGAAUGAAUCUAUCAGUGAUGGAGAUGCCAAAAUAUUCUCCUAUCCUACCAAGUGGAACGAUGAGGACCAUGAAACAUCAGACACUACCUUUCCAGAUUUGAUGGUCAAAGAUGUUAUCAAUGAUGAUUCAGCUGAGGAAGAUCUAAGUGAUGAGGAUGAGGAGCAGGAAAACAUUGAAGUGACAAAUGUUGUUUCUGAAACCCUGGCAAGUGAUAUGGUGCAGGACACUGACAUUGAUCAUAGAGAUGAUGUCAUCUGUGCGCAAGUGGGCAGUACCGAACAGAGCAUGCCAGAGGGAGACCUCUAUCAUGUGGAGGAUGAUCUUUACAGUCAGCAAUCUGCUUAUGAGGAAGAGUUCAGCCAGGAAGAAACGGUCCCAAGAUCAGCUCUGGUAGACAAAGUACUUGUCAGAAUGUUAGCUGAGGAUUCGACCACCACUGAGUAUGUACCUAGUGAAGAUGAAAAUGAAAUUGCAGAAAUGUCUGCAAUUCAAAAAGAAGAAACAGAAGAAGACUUUAAGCUACGUGAGAUCAGAGCUGGAAAUAAUGUUAUCGAUGAAAGUGAUGAAUCGGAUGCUAAAGAUGAGAAUACUGACAUUGGUUCAGAGGCUCAAAGUCAAGAAGACAUUACCAUCAGCAGCCAGGAGGCAAAUGUGACAGAGAGUUCUCCUUCAGUAUCAGCAGGUGCCAUCUAUGAUAGUAACCAAAUGACAGAUGGUGGUAGUCGACAAGACACAUCACAGGACCUUGGAGAUGGAGUAAUGGAUAACAGUAGCUCGUAUGACGUGACAGUUUCUAUGAAUGAUGAUAUCCCACAGCCUGAAAGUGAUGCUGAGGAUAUCACUCCAGCUGAUGACAUUGAAUCUGAGACAGUUGGGACCCAAGAUCAUACAGCAACAGAUGCCAGUAUAACGGAUGUUUCAAUGAGUGAGCAAGAGACUAAAUCAGAUGGUUCAAGCAGUCAGUCCUACCUCGUGGUAGAACCAUAUGAAAGAUUCAUGAUUUCAGACAUAGAUGAAGCUGAUGAAGAGAAUGAGGGUGGUGCUGGAUCAAGAAGUUAUCAAGUAACAGAGGGAAAGGAUUCUGAUCAUGUUGUUGAAAGCUGGUUUAAUACACAGAGUUUAUCUUCUGAGUUUGGUGAAGGACUUACAGAAGAGGAAAACAGACAAAAAGAAGCCUAUGAAAAAUGGGGAGAACCGGUUGAGAACAAUCAGAUUGAGACAUCGGGCAAUGACAAGGAUGUUCGAACUGCAGCAGAUUCCAGUAUCAAUGCAGUCAUUGAAGAAACACAGAUGGUACCUCCAAAUGCCAAUGAAAUUUCUGAAGAAGUUGUUGGCAUCUCAAGUACUCAAGUUGAGUCAUCUAGCACCAAGGAAUGGAUUCAAGAUGGUGUUGAAACAGGAGAUGACGAGAACUCAAAAGAAGUUUUCCUGCAGGGUAAAUACUUUGAAAAUUCCUUUGGUGAAGAUGUAUCAGAUGCAGAUAGCGAUAAGACGAAUCAAGAUGGAGAGCUGCCCUCCGAUGACAUCAGUUUCAGUGAGGAGAGAGAAGGAGAAACACAUAAAGAAUUAGUCACCACUUCCACACUUAACCAGGGAAAUACAGAAUCUGAUCCUGAUGAAGAGGCUGUUCGCUCAAUGGCAAAAGAAUAUGUUGACCAAGUUGUCAUGGAUGCUGCUGUUUCAUAUAAAAUGUCUUCAAAUCAGCAUGCAAUGUCAAAUGAUGAAGACAUUGGUUCUACCAUGAUUCCAGAAGCCACAGCAUCUGCCAUCUUUGAACAAGCUGCAGAAGAAUAUAUUGGUCAUGUUGUGUCUCAUGAUGACGAAGGAGCUCAGCCAAAGAUUACAGAGGAACAUGAUCAAGGACAAGAGUCUCACAGUGAAGAAGGUGUAGAAGUAAACAACUCAGAUGACAUUGCUCCAGAAGCCCUUGUUUGUAGAUAUACAGAGCCAGAAGAAACUGCGAUGCCUUUCAUCAUGGAAUCAGGAGAGGAUCUUGAAGAUACAGAUGAAGUUCCAGAUUUAAGUGCUGUAGAGAUAAUGGAACAAGAUAUUGUUGUCCAAGAAAUUGUACCAGCCGUUGAAAGUAUGCCAGUCACAGAAACAGCCAUGGCAUUUGUAAUGGAAUCUGAACAGUAUGCAUCAAGUGAUGAUGAAGAAGAGGCAGAAAGUCAUGACGAAAAUCAAAUUACAAACAAUAGAGAGGAGAAUGGAUUUGAUGACAAAUUUUCAACAGUAGCACAGGCAGUUCCACAAGUACGAGUAACUCCUGCUCUUGUGACAGAAGAUAGCUCUGAUUCUGAAAUAUCUUUGGGUGAGAGUGGAGAUGUAGGUGAAGAAAUUGAAGAAAUUGGAGCUACUGCAGCAGUUGAGGAGCUGAUUGCACCAGUCUCAUUAUCUGAAGUCCAAACCAAUCCAACUAACUUCUACCAUUUGAGUAAUGAUGAGGAUGAGUUUGAUGACACAUACUCUGAUCUAUUGGAAGAGUCCAAGAAACUUGAGAGUGACAUUGACAUGCUGUCUUCUGAUGUUACUCCAGAAGUUGAUAUACACGUGUCUCCAGCACAUGAUGCUGCCGUUAUUGAAGAUGAAAUGGGCUCUGAAUUCCUCCCACACAUUGAGCCACUCAUCAGUGAACAUACUCAAGAUGUGACAGAAGAGAGUGUUCCUUCAGAAGAGGUCAUUGUGCCACUUCAGCAGGUUGAAGUAGAAAUGCUGCCUUCCCAAGAUUUUGAAGAAGAAGGGCAUGUUCAUGGUUCAGAAGAUGAAACUUUGAAUAUCGAGGAAGUAGCGCGGGAAUUUGUGGAUGAUGUCAUCAAGAGGGCAACUAAAGAUUAUGUUGAGUCAGGCCAUGAAAGUGCAUUUGAAGAGCCAAGCAACAUAGAAGAGGUAGAAGGAAAUGUGGUUCAAGAAGAAACAGUACCACGUGACGGAGAUGAUGAAGUAUUUGAAGAAUAUGAUAAUUUUGAUAAUUUUAGUAUUCCGUAUCAGAAUAAGGAUGCUGCAGCUACUUCAGCUCAAUCUUCUCAAGACUACAAGAAGACCGUGAGCGUUGAGGAAUCUCUUGUUUCAGGAAAUCUUUCAGCUGAUUCUGAUGAUGAUGGUGAAGGGAGUAGAAUCACACGUCCUACAGAGCUACCCCUUCUCACCGCUUCAGGUCAAGGACUCCUCAUCUCCCCUUCUAAGAAGAGUCGUCUAGCCAACGCUACACCUGCAGGAAUGUCUCCUGGAUCUUUCCUCUCUGGGGGCACACCUGUCAGUCUCUUUACACCAGACUUUGAGAGUGUCGCAAGCACUCCAGGCAGUCUGUCCGACCAAGAGGCUGAAGCAUUAGAUACAGGAAGUCGUCUCCUACCAAUGUCACCGUUUGACAAGAAGAGCAUCUCAGUGGAUGAGAGUGUUACCAAGAAUCUUGACGAGGAGUGGGAUGAAAAAGAGGCCAUCCUUAAUGCCAUCAGAGCUAAGCAAGAGGAGGCAGAGAGAAGGAACAUGCAGCUAGAGGAUCCAGGCAUGCGUCAGAUGUCUAUGGACUCUGAGGAUUCCAUGAAGAGGAUGCAGGGCGUGUCUGCGGAGGAUGAAUGGCAGGAUGAUGAAUACGCUAGACAUUCCUUACAAGGAAACAAGGAAGGAGCCAAGAAAUCAGAAGAGUCAGACUCCUUCUAUAGGAGACCUGUGCCUGAGGAUGAGCGUAAAGCUGCUGAUGGAGCUGAACACACGGUAACAUCCGAUGGUGUUGUCUUGCGUGAGAAGAAGCUUACCAGACCCAACACUCUGUUGAACAGACUGAGUAUACAGAGCGUCAACUCUGUGUUUAGUGAGGGCAGCAUUGAUCUGGAGAACAUCAGUGAUGAUGAUGAAGCAGAGGCAGAGAAACCAAACAGUCAAUCAUCCCAGCAUGGUGAUCCCUCAGGAGCUCGGCCCAAGGAGAAGAGGAAGAUACGAGCUGAACUAUCUCUCAACCUAGAUGAUACCAUCACAUCACAGCACACAGAUGAUGGGACCACACCCGCUGUCCUUACCCCUACCAGUACAGAGAUGUCAUGGGAAGAUGACACACCAAUGAACAAGGCAGAACCCAUUGAGGAGUACAGCGCCAGGGAAGAGCAUGAAGACAGAUGGAGAUGGAGAAAGGUCAACCUGGGAGGCAAGGACUAUACCAUUGAUAUGAAGGCAAUCAAUCCCUACAAAAAAGUCUUAUCUCAUGGAGGUUACUAUGGUGAAGGUCUCAAUGCCAUCAUUGUGUUUGCAUCCUGCUACCUGCCAGAGAAAUCACGGAAGGAUUAUACCUACCUAAUGAACAACCUCUUCCUCUAUGUGGUGAGCACCUUGGAGCUCCUAGUGGCCCAGGAGUACAUCAUCAUCUAUUUCCAUGGUUCCGCAUCCAGCGAUAAGAUACCCUCACUGGGAUGGAUGAGGAAGUGCUACCAGAUGAUUGAUAGAAAGUUGAGGAAGAGUCUGAAAGGACUGUACCUUGUACAUCCCACCACAUGGCUCAAGGCUAUUGUGAAACUCACCAAGCCUUUCAUCAGUGCCAAGUUCAGCAACAAGCUCAAAUUUGUCAAAUCACUUGUCGAGCUGAAGUCUUUGGUUUCCAUGGAGUAUGUGUACAUACCUGAGGAGGUCAAGAGGUUUGACCAAAACAAGAAUAAGGGUGGCGGUACAAUCUGGGGUCAGUACCUCCUUUUUCCUACCUCCCUUGUCCUUAAUCCCCUAGCCCCCUCCCUCUUCUUCCCCAUGAGCAAGCUCUUGCUUCGUCUCUGGUCCCUACACCCCUCCACGCCCCAUCUUGCAUCCCUGCAUGGGCCCCUGUGGCCUUCACGAAACUUGGCCUAUGUGCUACGAACUACUCUUACCUUACUGUGGUGGAUAGCUGGUCCUCCUCCGGUCGACGAUGAAGACUGGUUCUCUCUGGAAGAAGGCUAUGAUUCUGAUUACUCCAUCACUGCAGAUUUCCUCUUGUCUCCUCACAACCCACCCAACUGGCAUCGCCGCCGGCAACGCAAACGUCUCCUCAUCAAGGCGGGGCAAUUCAACUUCUCAUCCUCUGACGAGGAAGGUAGAAAGGAAGGAGAUACAGGCGGGAGACGUCAGCACCGUAGAAACCCUCGCCAACACCAGCAGGAGCAGCAUCCUCCAACUACAUCCUCAUCACACCAUGGGGAUGAGAGCACCGCGACCACGCCCGGUAGCAUUGGUAUCAACCUGGGUCCAGCCAUCAGCCCUCAGGAUUACCUGACCGAAUGGUACUUCAAGCGCAGGACUCAAUCAUACAGUGGGUUCAUUGAAGACGAUACCUUCUCUUACAACCACAUCAUUGCCACGCCAGAGGUGGAGAGACGCACAUGGAAGGAGGUGUUCGGUGAUGAGCUUGCACAUGGUAGUAUCGAGUACGAUGGAGAAGAUGAAGAGGAGGAUGCUGAUGCUGAUCAUAACUCAGCCACUGAGAGCCAUGGUCAACUAGAACUCAGCUCAUAAAACUGCUUUCAGUUCCCCUAAUGAACCCUUUAUAUUACACCCCCCCCCCCCCAAUCAUAUCUACUCUGUAAACUCACCAUUGCUUCUCAUACCUGGGAUAUCUCUAGCAGAAUAUGCUCAGAAGAAGAAGGACAUUAACUUUCUGUUCAAAGUUAAUGCCCUUCUUGCUCUAAGCAGACGAUACCAGGAUAUAUAUAUAUAUAUGUAUAUACUUUUCAGAACAAAACUUCUUUAUUUGUACUGCCAUAGUGUAUCUUAUUUUGAUAGGGAAGGUGAUGAAUGUAAUAUUACCUUGUAAUCGUUUAUUUCAUAGAGUCGUAUUGAGAUACAUUUCUAGAAAUCAGUGAAGUAUAUAUUUUGAGGUGUAUAGUGCAAUAAACAGAUUUUGCAUCUGAUUUGACAGAUGUUAUGAAUUUUUAAAGUAUUAACAGUAAAAUGAACAUUUUCUUGUAUAUCCUACUUUUGUGUGAGAAGAAAGAAAAAGAAGGUAUAUAUUAUUCUGUAUGUAUAAAAGAAAUUAUAUGUAUAUCGAUCAAUUGUUAAGAUAUGUUCAUAUUUUGCUCUGCAUCUGUCUUGUUUCAAAGUUUUAGCAAUGAUUUCAUGGAAUCAAAUAUAUUUUCGAUGAUAUAUUUGUAAAAUUUUUGUUUUAGGAAUAUCCUACUUCUGAAUUUUCAAGUUGAAUUAUAGACAUAUAUUCUUAUGUUCAUCACUUUUUCUUUUUAUUAGAAUUAGAGCAAAAUCCACAUUGUCUCAAUUUUUCCAUGGACAGUUUAUAUCUUUUGAGUUUGGAUUCAUUGUAAAAUGGAAGUACAUAUAAAUGUAUAGACUUCCAUCAAAUGCAGGCAAUAUUUGACCUGUAUGUAUAAAAGAAAUUAUAUGUGUAUCAAUCUAUUGUUGAGAUUUUAAAGCAAGGUACAAAGAAAGAUAUGGAUCUACUUUUGUAUUGAUGAUGAUUCAAUGUUUUUGCACUAAUAUAUUUUCAGUAAUACAUUGCAAUAUUGGAUUAUAUUUACCAGUUUACUUUUGCAAGAGUAUUUGUUUUACCAGAAACCUUCAGUAUUUGGUGAAAUUGUCCUUCUUCACAAGUUUUGCGGCACCUGUUGUUUCUACUAUGUAGUGUCUGAGAAUAAAAAUGAUUGUACUAUUGGUAAAAAGAGGACUGUAACUUUUCCCAAGCAAAGCCUUUUAAGCUUCAUUUAUUCUAAUCUGCCUUACUUAACUGUUUGAUAUUAAUGACUACUAAAGCCUUCUUUUUUAAUCUUAUAACUCUGAUAAGAGAUUGACUAAAUGUUGGUCAUAUACACUUUUAUUUUGUAGUAAUGGUACCCAUUUUCAGGAAUACUAAUAUCCCAAUGAUGUAUGUAUUUUAGUCAUGCUACAUGUAUUAUAUUCAUACAUGUUUAUUCAUACUUUUUGCAUGAAUACUUAUUUUCAUGCAAGAUGUAUGACUAUGAAUGUUUUUAAGGAAUGUUUGUGUGCAUUUUUGCUGCUUUCUUUCUGUUUUGCUUAUUUUGUUUACAACUGCUUUAGUUUUCAGUGCCUCUCCUCUCUGGUGCAAAGAAAGAACUGUUAUGUAUGCUAUUAACUAAAUUUGGUUAUGAACAAAUACUUAUAGGUAAAAGGCAUUUACAGAAAUUAUACCAUCUGCUGCCUUACACAAGUAAAUAUUCAAACUAUUUCCUUAUUAUCUCCAUUAAUUUUCUCUUUAUUUUACUAUAUAUUAAGGUUAUGAAAGAAUUUGAAACUUCUUUAAAUUGUAUUGCCUGUAAGAAAUCUAUAAUUUUUCAAGUGGGAAAAUGGCCCUUUUCCCUUUUACCUUUGCUUAUCAAUUUUAAUGAUCGUGUUUAUACUUUUCAAAUUAUUUAUACCUUUUUGGUUUUGCAAAAUGAUAAUUACAUAUGAUAUGUACAUUUACAAGAAAGCCAUAUACAUGGCCAUGUGAAAGAAUUGAUGUAAACUUUUUAAAAAACAUAUAUUGUAAUAAAAUUGUUACUGUUUUAGAAAGAUUAAUUGUCCAGUGAAUAUAUUUGUAGAGGACAGUCUUAAUACUGGAUUCAUUAACAUAGAUUGAUUGUACUGCAAUCAAAAGAGAUUGUGGCUGUUUGUGCAUACCACAAUUAAUGGUAUGUCACUAAAACAUGGUUUAAUUCACAAUGUUUACAAUCCAUUAUUUCUCUUACAAUCUCUCAACAUAACUUUAACAAGUCUUCCAGUUCACCACUGCUUUCAAAUGAUUUCCAAAGUGAUAAAUGUAGAAAUUCAAGAUAUUUAUCUUGCUAUUAUUGCAUGUUUAUCAGUAUGUAUCUUUCUGUGAUAUCAAAUAUAUUUUAUUACUUGAUAGUUUGAAUUGUAAAGCUUAUAAGUAAUUAUUGAAUUGUACAAAAAAGAGUUUAUUGCAGAAAUUGGAUCAUUAAGAAUUACUUCAUGUAUUUGCAUACCGGUAGGUAUUUUCUAAAUUAGAAAUUUUACAUUUGAAUCAAUUUAUUAGCUGGUAGGAUAACAGACAGGUAAUACAAUAAUCUGUGAGGAUAGUUUAGAAUUAAAAGGGAGGCCAGUACUUAAGAUGCAUUUUAGUGUGCUGCUUUUAUCUUUUUUCCAUCUCUUUGCAAUUUUGGCUUAUAUUAUUAUUGAAAUAGUCAGUACUUCAAAUCUACACACGAUGAUGAAUGAUGAGGCUUUAGUAGAUCUCUCUCAGAGUAUAACUAUCAUAAUACUGAUAUGUCAUUCACAAGUGCAAAGAUAUUGGGUUAUAUUAAAAGACAAAGUAUUGUUGCAUACCUAAUGA